AGACAUGGCAUCAGCAUCAUGUAGUGCACAGUUUUUAAAUGACAUACCCCGCAUCACAAAAAUUUUUUGUGUCCAGACACCUAAUCCUAGAAAAUUAAAUAAAAUUCUUUAUGAGUUUGGUAUAAUGGAUGAGGUGUAUAAAAAUCUACCUAAUCUAGAUUCAUUCGAAAGGGGUCAUUUGACGAAUGAAAAUAAUUUUUUUAAGAAAGAUUAUAUUUUUCCAGAGAAAAAUCCACCCUUGAAUGAAGAUGAUGAACCUAGCAAUACUCAACAGUUGGCUUGUGAGCUACGUCGAAAUGAUAUAUCAGACGGGCAAAAGGAGAAUUUACGCACAUUGGCGUUAGAAAUUAUCAACGAAUUUGCUAAAUCCAAAAUUAUGACGUUUGAUUUGGUACAUGAAGUAAUGGUGUUAUCAUACUUGCCAGAUGCCGAGGAAGAAAUUUAUAGAAAUUUAAUGGAGCACUUUAUUCGUAAAAUUGAAGAAUCCAUUUUGUUACAUCAGCCAUUAUUGGAAGGUUUAUCUCAUGUAAUCAGUCAGGCAAAUCCAAAACAUCUAAAGCCUAAUGAUUUGGUUUGCAUUUUAGAAAUAUUAAAAAAACAAUUUAAAAAUCUUUAUACCCAAGAUGAGGAUCAACAGAUUGAAAUGACACGAACAUUGGGGCAAUUAUUUGAUGUAAUGACUGAUUGUAAAGUACGGGAUCUUAAAUAUGAAGAAUUGUGCAAACCAUUAUACGACACCCUUAAAAAACUAAGUAGUGAUAAUAAUCAAGAACUAGCUUAUUUCGCAGACUACGCCUGUCAAGCUUUAAAUUGUAUACCAAAUGAUGAAAGUCCGUGGAAAGCAUUUGGCAAAGUCCUUCUAGAUAUACCAAAAUUGGCAGGUGCUAUUAAGAACAUAGAUCCGGGAAAACUACCAGAUGUUUUCAAAGAUCUUAGUGAAGGGUUCGAAGGUAUUAUAAGUAUGGCAGUAGAAUUGGUAGACUUUCAAUCAGCCAAAAAGAGUGUUAACGAUAUAAAACAGAGCUUCAGUUGGGAAAUCCAGCGUGAAUGGUAUUGGGCAUUAAGGUUUACUGAUUUAUUUAUCCAAAGUCAUAAAUUUGCAAGCUUGGAGCAAUUUAUUUACAAAAUUCCAUGCCGUCAAAAUGACAAAUUUUUAUGGGGCAUGUGUGUAAGACUUGAACAAUCGGCAGCAAAUUCCGAUUUAGAUAUUGACGUUCGUAAAGGUGCUAUAGAUUUUUUAAAUAACGUUUAUCAAAACGAAGACUUUUGGGGGAUUCAUCCAAAACUAAAUGAAUGGAUUUUGAAACAUAUUAAAUUGAAAACUUUACCAAAAUCUGCACAAACAUCUGCUUCAUCAUUUCCAACUGCCUUACUUAGUGGUGUUUUAUUAGACAAAUAUGUGAGACCCACUCAGCAGAAUGACUUGAAAAAAAGUAGAGGCGAAUUUUUAACUCAAUUAAAUGGAUUAAAAGACCAAUUUUUUUCAGACUUAGAUGAUGAAUGUGAAGAAGCCUUGGAAUUGUAUGUCAAGCCACAGGGAACAUGGGAAGUAUCAAUUAUAAAAUCGUCAGAUUCUGGAAAGGAAAUGGUUUCUGUAAGGAGAGAAGGUGAUUUAGAAGAAGUAGUUAAUAGAUUUUUAGAGUCAAAGGAUGAACUGACUUCAAAAGACAAUGAAGCUUUAGAAAUAGUUGUCAAUAUGCUUUCAGAUUCAGGGGAUGUAACUUCUUCAAUAAAGGCGGUUAAUAGUUUUUUUGUUUCAGAAAAUCAAUUAACUUUGGAUGAAGAAAUAGUUCUUGAAAAAGCUGCCAAUCAAUUUUUGGAUUUAAAAGUUAAGAAAACACUUGAACUGCAGAAGAUAAUAACUAAUGAAUUUUUAUAUUCUUCAAAAAAUGAAGUAUUUAUUAAAGCGAUCUCAAAAAAUAAAAAAGAAGUAUUAUCAGAAAAUAAAGAAGUAUUAAUGAAAGCGAUCAAUAGCAUUUUGAAGGAAAAUCCUAUAACUCUAAAGGACAUAGAGGAUGAUGAUGUAAGGUAUCUGGAAAUAAAAGCAAAUAAAUGUCUAAGUUUAGAUGAUAAAGAUGUUUUUGAAGGCGUAGUAAAUAAAUUCUUAACUUCUAUAGCUAAGAAAAUAUUGAAAACAGCCGUUAAUGAAAUAGUGGCUUCAAAAUGUAAAAAGGUACUAUUGGUAUUAGGUAUAGGUGGUACGGGUAAAUCGACUUUUGGCCGCUAUCUUGCUAGUCGUCUAUGGGAUGAAUACGACGAGCUAUCUCCUAUUCCUUUAUUUAUACCAUUAGCGCGACUAAAAAAUGGAAUGUUUAAUAAUGAAGAAGAUUUUAUUGAACUUUAUUUAAAAGAAAAAUGCAAAUUAACUCCAGAUAAAAUUAAUGCUUUACGAAAAAGAAAGUUUGUAUUUGUUUUAGAUGGCUAUGAUGAGAUUGUUGAACGUGAACGUGAAUGCUACUUUCAAAAUAAAUUUUAUGGAUGGCCGAAUGCAAAAAUUAUUAUUAGUUGUCGACCAGAGUAUUUGGGUUCAGACUACCAAAAAAGGUUUUUUCCCAAAAAUAGAGAAAAGGGAUUUCAGGAAUUGACAAUUAAAGCAUUUUCAGAAAAAGAAGUAAACCAAUAUAUUAGAAAUUAUGUUCAAAAAAAAGGUCAUCUGCUAAAUUUAAGUGAAUAUACAUAUUUACAGCAAAUAAAAAAGAUACCAAAUGAUUUGGUUAGCAAUCCAAUUCUGUUAAAGAUUACUUUGAGAGUCUUACGACGCUUUAUAGAACAAGAGAGAACAACUCAGAUAAAUCGUAUAACUUUAUAUGAUGAAUUUUUAAAGAUGUGGUUUGACCAUGUGCAAGAUCGCCUGUAUAAAAUUCGCAAAACAGAGAAAGAAGAGGAAGCAUUUAAAAACCUAAAUAUUAAUGAUUUUUCACAAUCUUGUCUACAAUUUAGUAAAAAUUUUGCUGUUAAAAUGUUUAUAGAUAAUAACAAUGUAGUUAUAACUUAUAAUUCAAAUUGGGAAACCUUUUUAGGCAAUAAAGAUAUCGAGAAUUCCUUGUUACGCUUUAGUAUGCCAUUAAUCCGACGUGGAAAGCAAUAUUGGUUUCUUCAUAAAACUUUGCGAGACUGCUUAAUUGCGCAAGCAUUAUUAGAACCAUGUGAAUCUGCAUUACAAUCAGCACUAAUCAACAAGCAAUCAUUUGUGUCAGAUCAUGGAGUUCGCCAAUUUUUAAUUGAACAUAUCUCUCAAAAAGCAGAAACCUUUAAACCACAGUUACUAGCUUUUAUUGAUGCUUCUAAAAAAAAUGAUGAUGUUCAAGUUGCUUCUGCCAAUGCUAUCACAAUUUUAGCACAAGCAGGUGUAUUAAUAGAUGAUUUAAAUGAUACUAAUAUUUCGGGGGCAGAUUUGAGUAAUAAGAUACUUAAUAAUUUACAAGCGGAAAGAGCCAAGUUAGAUAAUGUAAAUUUCCAAAACGCAAAACUUAAAUAUGCAAAUCUCCAAAGUGCAAGCUUUCAAAAUGCAAGGCUUCAAAAUGCAGAUCUACAAAGUUCAUCUCUCCAAGAUGCAAAUUUUCAAAAUGCAAAUUUCCAAAAUGCAAAUCUCCGAAGUGCUAACUUUCAAAAUGCAAGGCUUCAAAAUGCAGAUCUACAAAGCUCAAUUCUCCAAGAUGCAAAUUUCCAAAAUGCAAAUCUUCAAAAUGCAAAUCUCCGAGGUUUAUCUCUCAAAAACAUACAUUUUGAAGACGCAGAUCUUUCAUAUGCUGAUCUUCAGAAUACGAUUAUUCAAGACGUAAAUUUUAAGAAUGCGAAACUUAAAUAUACAAAUUUUCAAAAAGCAAAUAUCAGUGGUUCAUCACUCCAAAAUGCACGUUUAAAAGGUGCAGAUCUCUCAUUUGCAGUUCUCCAAAAUACGAUUCUUCAGUAUGCGAAUUUUGAGAAUGCUAAGCUUCAAAAUACAAAUCUCCGAGGUUCAUCUCUCCAAAAUGCAGAUUUUAAAGAUGCAGAUCUCUCAUUUGCGGAUCUUCGAAAUACAAUUCUUCAAGAUGUGAAUUUUAGGAGGGCAAAUCUCCGAAAUGUAAACCUCCGAAACGCAUGUAUUAAAGGCGCAGAUUUCAUAUUUACAGAUCUUCAGAAUACAAUUCUCGUAGAUAUUAGCUUCCAAGAAUUGA